UGACACCCGAAUUCACAGUUGAUAGAAAGAAUGUUACUGUGAUCGUUGUAGAAUCUCUCACAGGAAGGAGUGAAAAUAUGCGUCAAGCUGAUGUAAUUUCUGAUCAAACUGUAUAUGGAGUUCGUAUCGCCUCCUCGUACUUUACAUUUUACAAAACUGUAAUCCCUGCAGAAUAUUGGAAUAAACUUGAUUUAAGCUUACCACAGAACGAGUUUGUUGUUAUUAAAAGAUGGCUAGAAGGGGAGCGUCCAGAGACUGGUCUGGACAUUGCAAAACCAAAUGGGAGAUGA